AUGAAUGAUUUAGCAAAAAAUUUGCUAAAGCAUUCUCAGACAACAGAUUCUGCCCCACCAAUAUCACCAUUGUCAUUCGCUUUCAUGACUGACGAGGAGAAGGCGGCGUUUAAGUUCCCAGCAUCCGAACUCGCAGAAGGAGAUACCAAAAAAGAUGAAGAGCAAAUGUCUCCCAAUAAAAACGAUUCGAAUAGUCAUUCUUCCCCUUCAACAUCUCCUUCUGACUCAUCAUCUCGUCCUCGGAAAACUUUCAAAGUUGACGACCUUCUCAUAGUGGAUGAUGACGAUGAACCAUUUUCUUCACCCGAUGGCUACGAACCAACGGCUCAUCUCGGAUGGGCGUCAUUUGGAGAAUCCAUUCGUCCACCACCUCCCACUACACCUCCACCGCCUCCGCCUGUGCUCAGCAAAGUGGUUUCUGCUCCAGUCCCACUAAAGCGAACUUAUAAAGUAUACGUCAUACACCAAGCGAACCGAGCCAAAACUAAACCUUACGAUGCCUCCAAUCAUGUGUCUGCUGCUACUAAGAGAGUCUCUGGCUCUCCAGUUUCUCCCACUUCAAAAUUAGCAAAAAAGGACGUAGCUGACGUAGUGUCUUCCGAUUCCGAUGCAGAUGUUGAUGUAGUCGGUCUUGAUGAAGAAGAAUCUACAUUGUUACUAGACGUCAGUGAUUCAGCAAACCCACCAGAUCUACCGCCACAGAGUUCGCUCGGAUCUAGAUUUGGACUCAAAUCUAAGCGAGACAAUCGUCGAGGCUAUGAUUCGGAGGACGACGAUCCGUCGAGCUUGCGUUAUGCCAACAAUUUUACACCACCUCCACGACUCGAACCACAAACCACAGAGAAUCAAAAUCGAGAUUUGCCAAAGAAGAUUGAUGAGGACAGUGUUGAGCUGCGAUCAAGCCUCGAUGCACCGCAGUCUCUAAAGUCGAACAAGCCAGGACCUGUUCUUCCACUUUCGAAAUCCAUAAUGGAACAAAAAAAGGUUGCGCUGGGAAUGACUCGAAAUGCAGUUAUAAAGAAGGUCGACAGUUCCAAAUCGACAACCAAAAACUUCACUUGUGCUCCAAGAAGCGUUCAAAUUCCAGCGUAUACUGACAAGGCUCCGAUGACUCUGUAUUCGAAUGUGAAUGUAAGAUUUCUUUUCGUUUUUCAAAGUCUUAUGGAGUCUUUAUUACAGAAACCAGGAGCAUUUCACAAAGACGCUCGUGGAAGAUGUGUUCGGUGUCGAGACAGAAGUCCAGUUGACAUGUCGUCAUUUAAAUUUGUCGAUGAUUCAACUGUGAUAUCCGUUCGAGCACACUUGUGCGAUCAAACACGUGUCAUGAUUGCGAGAACAGCCGUAUGGAAUCGAGAGUAUUCGAAAAAGCUCGGGGAUCGAGCAACAGGAACGGUAUGGCAAAAGCCAGAUGAGGUGACAGCUCAAAUGACAGGAUUCUGUAGUGCGACUGUUCGUCGUUGCAUUGAAAUCGCCAAUUUGUCGAUUGUACCGAGGUGUGCUGAUCGGAUUGGAGUUUCGGUGAGCGAAAAAUUGAAGCAAAAAUCUUAUCGAAAUUGUUUUUCCUUUCAGAAAAACGAACUAGCCUCCUUGAAAUCUGCCUUUGAGAACGAAAAGUUUUUCGGACAAACAAUGAGGACUCCUCAUGUGCUGACCCAUUAUUAUUCUGCGAAGUCCCAGAAUUCAGCUAAUAAAGGAACAACAAAUGCUCAUGGUCCUCCUCUGUUGCCUCGAAUCGGUCGACCUCCGGCGCAGAAAGUGGACGAGGAAGAGGAGAAAAGACAUCAUCCUCUCACCAACUAUCUACCAUCCACAAGCUUGCAAUCCACUUCACAGGAAACUUCUACUUCUCCUACAGAUAUUACAGUACCACCGCUGAAGAAAGGAGUACUCCGUUGGACAUCCAUUCAGAAUCCAAGAAUUCUGCGUACAGCUCACGCCCCAUAUCCACUCCCAAGAAUGGCUGUGAUUCCAGUUUUGAAGAAGAAAGAUGUUGCUACUACAUCUGAAACAGCUUCAACGUCUUCUGGCCCCCUAACGUAUGUUCCACCCAAAAAGGAAACCAAGAAGGAUCAAGCUGCUGCUCCAACUACUGGUCCACGGAAAAGAGGACGACCGAAGAAAGUGAAGCCAGCUGAUGGAAUUCCAUCGAGAUCAACUGAGAUGACUUUGAGAUCUCGUAAAAAAGAGAUCCCAAUUGAUCAAGUGGUUCAGGGACUUGUACAAUCUCUCAUAUCGAGGAUCUCUGGAGAAGCCAGCGGAUAA